UGUGGGCUAGCAGUGGCUGGGUCUGGCAGGGCUGAGCAUUGGUCCAGCCCGAGCAGGGAGCGCACUUUUCGCCAUGCCGGACUGCUGCAGCUGCAGUGAUGUUUUCCAGUACGAGACCAACAAGGUCACCCGCAUCCAGAGCAUGAAUUAUGGCACCCUUAAGUGGCUCUUCCACGUGAUCGUCUUUUCCUACGUUAGCUUUGCUUUGGUGAGUGACAAGCUGUACCAACGGAAGGAGCCUGUUGUCAGCUCUGUACACACCAAGGUGAAGGGGAUAGCAGAAGUGAAAGAGGAGAUUGUGGAGAACGGAGUGAAGAAGACGGUGCAGACUGUCUUCGACACCGCGGAUUACACCUUCCCUUUGCAGGGAAACUCCUUCUUUGUGAUGACAAAUUUCCUCAAGACCCAAGGCCAAUUUCAGGGACAAUGUCCGGAGUAUCCCACCCGCAGGACGCUCUGCUCCUCCGAUAGGGGUUGUAAAAAGGGAUGGAUGGACCCGCAGAGCAAAGGGAUACAGACUGGAAGGUGUGUGCCCUACAAGGGAAACCAGAAGACCUGCGAGGUCUCCGCCUGGUGUCCCACCGAGGCAGUGCAAGAGGCCCCCCGGCCCGCCCUCUUGAACAGUGCCGAAAACUUCACCGUGCUCAUCAAGAAUAAUAUCGACUUCCCGGGUCACAACUACACCACGAGAAACAUCCUACCAGGUUUAAACAUCACUUGCACCUUUCACAAGACCCAGAAUCCACAGUGUCCCAUUUUCCGACUAGGAGAUAUCUUCCGAGAAACAGGAGAUAAUUUUUCAGAAGUGGCAAUCCAGGGUGGAAUUAUGGGCAUUGAGAUCUCCUGGGACUGCAACCUGGACAGGUGGUCCCAUCACUGCAGUCCAAAGUACAGCUUCCGUCGCCUCGACGACAAGACCACCAAUGAAUCCUUGUACCCGGGCUACAACUUCAGAUAUGCCAAGUACUACAAGGAAAUGAAUAUUGAAAAACGGACUCUGAUAAAAGUCUUUGGGAUCCGUUUUGACAUCCUGGUUUUCGGUACUGGAGGAAAAUUUGACAUUAUCCAGUUGGUCGUGUACAUCGGUUCAACCCUCUCCUAUUUUGGUUUGGCCACCGUGUUCAUCGACUUUCUCAUCAACACGUACUCCAGUGAUUGCUGCCGAUCCCAUAUUUACCCCUGUUGCAAGUGCUGCAAGCCCUGUGCAGUUAAUGAGUACUACUACAGGAAGAAGUGUGAGUCCAUUGUGGAGCCAAAGCUGACAUUAAAGUAUGUGUCCUUUGUGGAUGAACCCCAUAUUAGAAUGGUGGACCAGCAGCUGCUUGGGGAAAGUCUGCAAAAUGUCAAGGGCAAAGAAGUCCCAAGACCACCCUUGGACUUCACAGACUUGUCCAAGCUGCCCCUGCCUCUCCGUGAUCCAUCUCCCAUUCCUGGACAACCAGAGGAAAUGCAGCCACUCAAGGAAGAGGCAAGUCCUAGAUCCAGGGACAGCCCGUGCUGGUGCCACUGUGGAAACUGCCUCCCAUCCCAACUUCCUGAGAGUCACAGAUGCCUGGAAGAGCUGUGCUGCCGGAAAAAGCCUGGUGCCUGCAUCACCACCUCGGACCCGUUCCGGAAGCUCGUCCUGUCUAGAAAUGCCCUGCAGUUUCUCCUGCUCUACCAAGAGCCCUUGUUGGCACUGGAUUCAGAUUCCACCAACACUCGGCUGCGGCACUGCGCCUACAGGUGCUACACCAUCUGGCGCUUCGGCUCCCAGGACAUGGCUGACUUUGCCAUUCUGCCCAGCUGCUGCCGCUGGAGGAUCCGGAGAGAGUUUCCUAAGAGCGAAGGCCAGUACAGUGGCUUCAAGUUUCCUUACUGAAGGUCCACGGAUGCAGCAGUCAUGGUAAACCUUGCCUUCAUGUGCACAUUGAACUUCACCUUGAGCUUCACCUUCAAAGUCCUGUGGCCAACUUUUCAGCCAAAGGAAGAUGUGCCUUCCUCUCCUACAACUCUAUAUGUGUCAGAGAGCAGAGUGACCUGGCUAAACAAAGAAACAAGCAAACAAACAAACCAAAAUCCCUCAACAUGGACUAAGACUCAAGAAAUUUAGAUUUAAGUAUCACUUCUGUCCCUGGGGAGUUGUGCGACCCUACGCCUUUAACCUUUGUACCUCAGUCUCCUUGUUACCCAAGCUACUAUGUCCCAGAGAUAGUGUGAAGACAAAUGGAGUCAAUGGACAUGAACUGUCUGAUUAAUGAGGAAAGAUCUAAAUGAUCGUGAAGCACCACAUUAUGAGACCAGACUAGGAUAAUGUCCAACUAGGGAUAGACCCUUUGGGUCCUGGCUGGAGAAUGUAGUUCUUUGACACUUGUCCCUUGAGACUUGAGGUUCCUGUUUCCUGCCCUCAAAUCUGGGCAAGCGCUAACUGUUUUAUCCAAUGGCAGAAGUGACAUGGUCCUAGCUUCAGGGUAGUGGUCUUAAGACACUAGCAGCUUCUACUUCCUGGUCCAUGGAACUCUUGCAGUCCCAGCCACCAUAUAAGAGGUCUGACUACCCUGAGACUGCCCUGUUUGAAGACAUCCAAGUGGGCCACAUGGAGGGGACAGAUGCUCAACCAGCCAGCCCCCCACUCUUCAAUCCAUCCAAGCCCUGUCACCAGAGAUGGGAGAGAAGCCUUUAGAUGAUUACAGACCCUGCCAAUAUAUGACUGCAACUGUAGGAGAGACCCCAAGUGAGAACUGCCUAGUCAACUCACAAAACCAAAUUGUUGUUUUAAGACACUAAGUCUUGGAGUGAUUUGUUACACAGCAACAUCUAACUGUUCCUAUUCGCAGUUCUAGGAGGGCUGCAGAUCAAAUCGGAUAACUCACCAGACCAGCUCUGGAAUUCACCUGCUCUAACUGUUGAGCUACUCAUAAACAGUCCAGUCCACAAUACCGUUCUGUGACAGAGAGUGACUACUGCUAUCUGGAAAAAGCCACCUCAGUGCCUUUAACAUCCUGGACUUUGCAGCCAGAUGCAGUCUGGAUGCGACUUAAAAAGCAACCCACACCCAAAUCUUUACCUUCUCCAUACGUCAACAUAAGAACAGGAUGCUGAUGGCCCAGGUUUAGGAUCCCCUGCAGGGUUUCCUUUUCUGUGGAAAUAGAGCUGGCUAUUUAUUUCCUAACCACCACCUUAAAGAAUAGUUUAAAGGCCACUAUUCAAUGAGGCAUCUGUGAAUUUUUUAAUACAUACUCUAAGAUUUACCAUUUUGAUACCUUUUAAAAACCAGCAGCUUUCUACUGUAUUAAUAUAAAAUAUCACAGACAGAAACUUUUUUUUGACCCAGGAUUUUAUCUGGCUUUAAACUCAGGAAUCAAGUUAAUUAGGCCAGAUUGAACUUUCAUUUUAACUACCUUUCAGAGAUAUUUUUGCAAACUGUAUUACAUAUGGUUUCUUGGGAAUAGAAAUUAUUUACUCCAAGAAUUCUAUGUAACUGCUAAAGGUUUCUGUCCAGAUGGCCUCUGAAUCUUUAUACCUUCAUCUUCAGUGCCUUAUUAGUAGUGUGUCUUUACCACCUCGCUGAGGCCCCAGAUGGAGGCAGAAUUUGGAAUGACAAAUUAUCACUGGAUCCACCUCCUGUUUUCCUUCACCUUCCCCACUGAUGCUCUGAGUGAGAGGGUGAUGUGUUACUUCAACUGUGUGCAAAAUGUCUGGCACUUCCUACAAUACAUGGACCAUAUUUGUAUUCUUAUUUUUAGAAUACUGUGUAAAAUAAUGUCACCAUCAAAGGCAUCCCAAUGAGAGUCACAUUUUGUAAAGGAUCUGUUUUCUUUCAGUUAAAACCAUUCUUCUAUUAUGGUAAUUGCACAAUAUUCACUACUUCCUCUUUGGUCAGAAGAAAAGAGAUCUGCUUUCUUGCUGUAAUACCGUCUGAUUUCAUGUACAAUUGGUCAUGGAUUUGCAUUUCUCUCUUUAGAGGGGACCACUUUUUUUAAAACCUUUCCUAAUUCUAGCUCAGCAAUGUAGGAACCUUAACUGUUUUGAUAAUGAAAAAAUGGUGUAUAAUUCAUGUUUAUUUAAGUCUUCCCUUUACUUCCUUCUCUCAGAAGGCCCCCCAGAAUCACAGUUGAUUCAUUCAUUAACAGAUUUAUUCAACAAAUAUUCUUGGAGGCACUCACUGGGGAUCAAUGUUAGAUGAGGUUGCUGCUCUCAAGAAAAUGAACAUUCAUCAAACAAUUCAAGCAAUUGUAAACUUGCAACUUGUGCAAGCAUUAUGAUGAAGAAGGUAAAUGAUGCUGCUCUGAGAGUCUACAAUAGGGGAAUCUGACCCAUUCGAGGAGAUCAAAGAAGGCAUGCCUGAGGAAGGAAUCUUUCAGCUGAAACCUGAAGGAUAAGCACUAGUUAACUAGGUAAAGAGGGGGCGAGAACAACACUGUAGGCAGAAAUAAAGCAUGUGUAAAGGCCCUGUGGCGGAAAAAAACAUGGCAGGGUCUAGACUAUAUAGAGCCUUGUGGGCCAUGGCAAAGAGUUUUGCCUUCAUCCUAAUAAAAAAUGGAAAGCCAUUGAAGCAUUUUAAGCAGGAGCUUGACAAAACCUUAUUUGAUUGUUUCUUUUUUUAAAUUAAUUCAUUUUAAAGUAAGCAAUACAGUGUUACUUAGCACAUUUGCAACAUUGUGCAACUACCACCUCUAUCUGCUUCCAAAACAUUUUCAUUGCUCUAAAGUAAAAUCUCUUACCAAUUAAGCAGUUUAUCUCCUUUCUCCCCUCCCUCCAACAACCAGUCAUCUACUUUCUGUCUCUAUAGAUUUGCCUAUUCUGGAUAUUUCAUAUAAAGGGAAUCAAACAAUAUGUGA